AUGCCUGGAAAAGGUGAUCGAUCUGAGUACGAUGUAGGGGACAAGGAGAAAGAAGCGGGCUUGCCGAUUGGGAAGCGUGUGGGAGAGAAAGUCGACAACCUCCGGGUAACAUCAUACGAGCGUGCCUUGCGGUGGUAUCGGCUGUAUUUCCUCGAGGCAGUAUUGCGACGAAAGCCUCUGAAGCCGUCGCAAGACGGUCGCCACAUUCCCCUACGCGUUGGACGUGAGCCACCCCUACUCGAUGAACGACGAGGGCAACCAUACAUAUCGAACACGAUCCGAACCUCCCGAUACACCAUCUACAACUUCAUACCCAAGCAGCUGCUCUUCCAAUUCACCCGGCUGGCCAACUUUUACUUCCUGUGCGUUGGUAUCCCCCAGACCAUACCGGGUCUGAGCACAACUGGAAGCUAUACCACCAUCCUUCCGCUGCUCUUCUUCGUCCUCUUGACUAUAGUGAAGGAAGGGUAUGAUGAUUAUAAGAGACAUCGACUAGACACGCUGGAGAAUGCCACAGCUGCGACCGUGCUGGGAGUGGGCGCGUCGCAGCCUACAGCUGCCUUCCAAUCGCGUAGGUGGUUCUCGUCUAAAUUCAAGAUUCUCGAGACUCAUUUCGACGCCGAGCACGACGAAGAGACCAAUGGACGGUAUGGCUGGAGGAGAGUGAAGUGGCAGGAUAUCAAAGUUGGCGACAUUGUGAAGCUCGGUCGUGACGAGGCCGUCCCAGCCGACCUCGUUCUGUUACACGCCACCGGAGAAGAUGGCUUCGCUUACGUCGACACCAUGGACCUGGAUGGCGAAACGAACCUCAAGACCAAAGAGUCGCUAUCUGAUUUCAAGGACUGUGGUAGUAUAUGUGGUCUUCAAUCAUGCGAAGCCGAGUUUGUCGUCGAAGAUCCUAACCCCGACCUUUACCGCUUCGAUGGUCGUGUCACGGUAAGGGGCCGGACCAUGCCGCUCACAUCUGCCGAGGUUGUCUACCGUGGAAGCACUGUCAGGAAUACUGGCUGUGCCAUUGGCAUAGUCAUCAACACUGGGGAGGAGUGCAAGAUCCGACUGAACGCAAACCAGCACCCUGAGGCAAAGAAACCAGCCCUGGAAGCCAUCGCCAACAAGAUUGUUAUCUGCCUGGCACUAUACGUCAUCGUUGUCUCCGUUGGUUGCUCCAUGGGAUAUAUCAUCUGGCGUCGGUCCACGGAGCGAUCGUCGUGGUACAUUGCCGAUGCGACAGUCCAGUUCCAGCAAAUCAUCAUUGGCUAUGCCAUCAUGUACAACAAUGUCAUCCCUUUGGCAUUAUACAUCACAUUGGAAUUGACGAGAAUCGGCCAGAUGCUCAGUUUGAAUGGCGAUCUGGGCAUGUAUGACGAGGCCACCGAUACUCCGGCUCGCUGCAACACCAACACCAUCCUGGAAAACCUUGGCCAAGUGAGCUACAUCUUUUCUGACAAAACCGGCACAUUGACAGACAACGUCAUGAAAUUCAGGAAGAUGAGCAUCGGAGGUACUGCGUGGCUACAUGAGAUGGAUCUUGUGUCUGAAGCUGCAGAGACAGAAAUGAAUCCUGCCGGCGAAUCAACCAUGGAGUUGGCAUCCCCCGGAAAAUCAAAAGGAGCCAGCAGCGUCAUUCACGAAGACAUUGAACUUUUUCGUCUCCCUACGGCAGCUUCUGCUUUGCGGCCGGAGUCGUGUCGAAGGUCUUCUUCACAAUGGAGAUCCACUGGUCGUCCAGAUCGUCCCCAGCCGGAUGUCACUACGUCGGACUUGUUGGAGUACAUACGGCUCAGACCUACAUCAUCCUUUGCAAGGCGGGCGAAAGAUUAUAUUCUGUGCAUGGCCCUUUGCCACACCUGUCUCCCUGAGACAAAAAACGGGCAGGUUGACUUCCAAGCCUCGUCGCCGGACGAGUUGGCACUUGUCCGCGCAGCUCACGAGCUCGGGUAUUUGGUGGCCCAUCGGUCUUCACACUCUGUGACGCUGCGGAUAGCUACCGAGGACGGUGACGAGAAGACCGAGGUCUAUCAGAUUCUUGAUGUCAUUGAGUUCAGCAGUAAGCGAAAACGCAUGUCGAUCGUGGUGCGCUACCCUGAUGGAAGGAUAUGCAUCAUCUGCAAAGGAGCAGACUCCAUGGUUAUGCCUCGGCUCAAGCUGGCUCAACUGGCAUUUCAAAAGGCUGAGGAAGUUCGGAAGAGUGUGGACCUCGAACACGAGAUGCUACGGCGGAGCGAACAGCUCGAGGUUAGGAAUAGCUUUGGUGGUCGCCCAAGUCUGACGUUGCGACGGAGUUUCGUCUCGAACCGUACUGUUGCAGGACCAUUCCUGUCCCCCAGCCCUAGUCCGAGCAAACGUCCGGCGAUCUGGAGGAGCAGGUCUGUUGAGCCCCCACGAUCGCGAACGUCUGGCGAGAAACCGCGCCCGUCAUUGGGUAUUCGGACCGUUUCCAUUGAUGUGACGAAACUGUUGCCCAACCCGGGCCCUCGAUCUCCGUUACCCCCAGCCCACAAUAAGUUCAGCUUCCUCGACGAUCCGUCCAUCAUCGAUGAGUCAACCAUCUUCAGUCGUUGCUUCAAGCACCUCGACGAAUUCGCUUCCGAAGGUCUUCGCACGCUCCUGUUUGCUAGAAAGUUCAUACCCGAAGCUGAGUACAUGGCUUGGAAGGACAUCUACAACAAUGCCACAACGAGCCUGGUGAAUCGCCAGGACUUGAUAGAAGAGGCUGGUGAAAUGAUUGAGCAGUCACUUGAUCUUGUUGGGGCGACAGCGAUUGAGGAUAAACUUCAGGUUGGGGUGCCUGAAACCAUCGAUAAGCUCCGACGUGCGAAUAUCAAGAUCUGGAUGUUGACGGGAGACAAGCGCGAGACGGCCAUCAACAUCGCACACUCUGCGCGUAUCUGCCGGCCCGGCUCCGACAUAUUCAUUCUUGACUCGUCGAAAGGUUCGUUGAAAGUGCAGAUCCGGGAUGUCAUGGAAGACAUCCAGACUGGCUGCAUCCACAGCGUUGUCGUUAUUGAUGGGCAAACGUUAGCAGCUGUUGAACAAUCGCCAGGUCUUACUAACCUCUUCUAUACCCUCAUCCCCACGAUUGACUCGGUGAUCUGCUGUCGUGCAUCUCCGGCUCAGAAAUCCUUGAUCGUCAAGGCCAUUAGGCAGCGCUUACCAAACGCUCUUACGCUGGCAAUCGGUGAUGGUGCCAAUGACCUGGCCAUGAUCUCGGCCGCGCACGUGGGUGUCGGUAUAUCCGGCAAGGAAGGAUUACAGGCUGCGCGCGUCGCUGAUUACGCCAUCGCCCAAUUUCGUUUCCUCCAGCGGUUGCUGCUCGUGCACGGCCGAUGGAACUAUGUACGAACAGCCAAAUUCAUCCUGACGACCUUCUGGAAGGAGAUGUUCUUCUACCUCCCACAAGCUAUGUAUCAACGGUAUAACGGGUACACCGGUACCAGUCUAUAUGAGAGUUGGAGUCUGACGGUAUUCAACACGCUGUUCACGAGCUUGUGCGUCAUCUACAUGGGGGUCUGGGAGCAAGACUUGAGCGCAGAGACCCUGCUUGCAGUUCCGGAGCUGUACGUGCACGGACAGAGGAACUCCGAGCUCAACAUACCGCGAUUCAUUUAUUGGACGGCCGCUGCCGCCACAGAAGGCGUGUUGGUAUGGCUUGGCGUGUGGGCAUCAUACAAUGUGUUUGGGCAACCUCGUGAUGAUGGGCUUUUCGCUCUGGGGGACCUAGUUUUCUCAAUCGGGGUCGUAUGGAUCAACUGGAAGAUCUUCAUCGUCGAAACGCACCACAAGACGGCCAUCAUGUUAGGUGCGUUCAGCAUCACGUUUGCCGGAUGGUGGGCUUGGAACGGAUUCCUCGAAGGGGCCUACUCCCCACAACCAAGUCCCUACGAUGCACGAGGCGGCUUCGCGAAUACCUUUGGCAAGGACCCCGUCUGGUGGCUAACGCUCAUCAUCAUUGUCCUGGUGCUCAUCUCUAUCGAGUUUGCCUGCAAGGCGGCCAAGCGGCAGUUGAUUCUUGCCGGGCUUUGGAGAUGGCCUCCAUGGAAAAGGGAGGACUUGGACGAAAACCUCGAGAACUGGAGUCGCGAAUUAUGGCAGGAGCUGGAGAAAGAUCCUGUCGUGCGGGAACGGCUUCGUCAAGCUCUCAACGAAGGGGAAGAGGGCGAUAAUGACGAACGCGAGGCUGGCGAGAACGUGGACUUGGAGAGAGCUUCAUGA